CUCUAUCACGCCUGGCAUAGAUGCUAUUGGUUUUGUAUUGCUUCAGCUAUUGAAUAGGCUGUAUGGCUGCUGCAUUGUCAAACUGUGACGGGUGACUUGCACGAGGAGCGCUAUCGGUUUGUCCGGUUCGGAACUAAGGGGAAACAAAGCUGGCGCAAUAUCCUUGAAAACGUCAGGCACGUAGACUGGGCAAGGACGGUCUGCUGAGCGGACCUGCAUCCCGUGAUGGGUUGCUCGCCCUCCGUCCCGGGACGUCAGCUUGCUGCCCAGAAACCUCAGGAUAAUGAAGGUGCAAUGCCAGUGCACGUGGCCACCCCAACAUGCGAAGCUCCAUGUGCAACUACUUCAGAGCACGCAUGGGUGAACCCCAUGCCUAACGCGCCAGCUAAUGCGGCUGAUCCCGCGCCCCAAGCAAACCCCCCGGUCCCCGCCCUGAUGCCGCUCUCUGGUCGGGCCGUGCACCUACGCUUCCUCCGAAAGAUGGCGGCACUGACUAUCAAGGUGGAGGGCGAACAAAGGAGGUUUGGCGAGGUGCCCAUAUACCAGGCGGUGAACGCCUUUGUGCGACCUCGCACCUUGCAGGGUCGCAAGAGCUUCAUGGAGGCGGUGGCGGCCUGCGAGCUGUCGCUGCCCUUCCUGCAGUUACAACCCGGGGGUGAUAGCACUGCAGGCCACACGCCGCUCGUGUGUGAGCCCUCCCGCUGCGGCCAGGAGCUCAUGGGCCGGCCGCCCCAGGUAGGGGACCGAUCGGCCUGGUCCGAACAAGUCCGGAAGCCACAACAGACGCCACCCGCACACACUGCUUCUGCUGCUUGCGGGCCCCUUGCGUGCGGCCCCGUCACGUACUUCGUGAGCUACACCUGGAGCUACACCCUGGACCACCUGCUGACGAUGGUCGAGGAACACUACCGCAGCCUGCCAGGCACCAUGGUGCAUCGGACAGGUCUGACACCCACCGAGUGCUACCAGCCGGUGUUCUAUUGGGUGGAUAUCUUCGCUGUCACACAACACUUCAAGGGAGACUUCAAGGAUCACCCGGACAGCGACUUCCCCGGUGUGAUCCGGGCGUCCCAGGUGCGGCAACAGGAGUUGUUAGGACACUGCUGGCGGGCCCGGCAGCAGGGGUGCAUCACUCAGCCAGGGGAUGGCCGUGAGCGCCCCGGGGCUCUCCCCGUGAUGCAGCCGGUGGUGCUUUUGGGGAUGUGGGCCAUGUGGGCUGUCCCUGUACAAUUCGGCAGCACGGCCAACAUGAUAGGGGUGUGUUGUUCGCUCUCUCGCCCCUGGAGCGACCCAUCAACUUCACCCGGGUAUGGUGCCUCUUCGAGGCCAUGACGGCGCUGGAGAGCGGUGUGCCGGUGGAAAUGUUGCUGGAGGCCCCGGGAAGGAGGCAGCAGCAGGGCGGGGUG